AUUGUUAUUUGUCGAAAAGGGGAAAACGUGCUGCUGUUCUUUUUCUAAUUCACACGAGAUUGUGAAGUUCGAGAAAUUUUCCAAAAACGAGAUAUUGUUCAAAGAAUUUAAUUUCGGUUUAAAACAAUUAGAAAAUGUUGAGAAUACCAAAGUUCGUGCCACGAUUGAUUGGGCAGCGUUUAGCAGCUUCUGAUUAUGGAAAAAUCUUAUCUAAGAACACUCUGGUUGUAGAUAAUGGAGUCGGUACCCAACUUCGCCAUAAAUCUGGCGAAGUUAAAGGAGCGGUCAUUGGUAUAGAUUUGGGUACUACAAAUUCUUGCGUGGCUGUAAUGGAAGGUAAACAAGCCAAAGUCAUUGAAAAUGCAGAAGGUGCACGUACUACACCAUCUCAUGUUGCCUUCACCAAAGACGGUGAACGUUUAGUUGGAAUGCCAGCAAAGCGCCAGGCUGUAACGAAUUCCGCGAACACCUUUUAUGCAACUAAGCGUUUAAUUGGUCGUCGUUUUGAUGAUUCUGAAAUUAAGAAAGAUUUGAAAAAUUUAUCGUACAAAGUGGUUAAGGCAUCGAACGGCGACGCUUGGGUUUCAUCAACCGAUGGCAAAGUAUACUCUCCUUCGCAAAUUGGUGCUUUUAUUUUGAUGAAAAUGAAAGAAACUGCCGAAGCGUAUCUCAAUACACCUGUUAAAAAUGCUGUCGUAACUGUACCUGCCUACUUCAACGAUUCACAACGUCAAGCCACUAAAGACGCUGGUCAAAUUGCUGGUCUAAAUGUGUUGCGUGUUAUUAACGAACCUACCGCUGCGGCCCUAGCCUAUGGAAUGGACAAGACAGAUGACAAAAUUAUUGCAGUUUAUGAUUUAGGUGGUGGUACUUUCGAUAUAUCGAUUUUGGAGAUUCAAAAGGGUGUAUUCGAAGUUAAGUCAACAAACGGUGAUACACUUCUUGGCGGUGAAGACUUCGAUAAUACAAUUGUUAACUACUUGGUUACUGAAUUUAAAAAGGAUACAGGUAUCGAUAUUACCAAGGAUAAUAUCGCUAUGCAACGUUUAAAGGAAGCUGCUGAGAAGGCUAAAUGUGAGUUAUCCUCAUCACAACAGACGGAUAUUAAUUUGCCAUACUUAACCAUGGAUGCUUCCGGUCCACAACAUAUGAAUUUGAAAAUGACUCGUGCCAAGCUUGAAAGCCUUGUUGGUGAUCUAAUUAAGCGUACAAUUCAGCCCUGCCAAAAGGCACUUUCCGAUGCUGAAGUAUCCAAGACAGAAAUCGGUGAAGUUCUCUUGGUCGGUGGUAUGACGAGAAUGCCUAAGGUUCAGCAAACAGUACAAGACCUGUUCGGUAGACAACCAUCGCGUGCUGUCAAUCCCGAUGAGGCUGUAGCUGUCGGCGCAGCAGUACAAGGUGGAGUACUCGCUGGCGAUGUUACCGACGUCUUAUUGCUCGACGUCACACCAUUGUCUCUGGGUAUUGAAACAUUAGGCGGAGUAUUCACCAGACUUAUUUCUCGCAAUACAACCAUCCCCACUAAGAAAUCGCAGGUAUUCUCCACGGCUGCAGACGGUCAAACUCAAGUGGAAAUCAAAGUGCAUCAAGGCGAGCGCGAAAUGGCCGCUGAUAACAAAAUGCUAGGUUCGUUCACAUUGGUAGGCAUUCCACCAGCACCACGUGGUGUUCCCCAAAUCGAAGUUGUGUUCGACAUUGACGCUAACGGUAUUGUUCACGUAUCUGCCAAAGACAAGGGUACCGGAAAGGAACAACAAAUCGUUAUCCAAUCCGGCGGUGGUUUGAGCAAGGACGAAAUUGAAAACAUGAUUAAAAAAGCUGAGGAAUACGCUGCUACUGACAAAAAGAAACGUGAGCUAAUUGAAUUAGUAAACCAAGGUGAGAGUAUUGUUCAUGACACCGAAACCAAAAUGGAAGAAUUCAAGAGCCAGUUGCCAGCUGAAGAAUGUGAGAAGCUUAAGAAGGAAAUCGCCGAUUUGCGUACGCUUUUGGCAAAUAAGGAUACAGCUGAACCCGAGGAAGUACGAAAAGCCACCAGUCAAUUGCAGCAAUCAUCUCUGAAACUGUUUGAAAUGGCUUACAAAAAGAUGUCAGCGGAACGCGAAAGUAGCGCUGGUAGCGGAAGCAGCAGUUCUGAACAAACCUCUUCCGAAGAGAAAAAGGAAGGAAAGAAUUAGAUAGUCUGCUUUAUUUGAUGGGUACUAGUGUGUGAAUAAUAUUGCGUAAAUGUUAUUAUAGUUGAAUAUUUUCAAGUGUCCAUUCUACGUUCGAAACAGCCGAUAUAUUAAAGGUCAUGCGAUUAUACUGAUCCAUAAAUAUUUUAUUGUUUAUUAUGGCAUCUGAAAAUCAAAUGAGCGCAUCUAGACGUUGCUAUGCAAUAAGAUGUGGCCACAAGUUUAAUUGUAUGUGGUUCUUGUUUAAUUAAUAAAAUAGGGUAGUUUCUAAAAACUUAGUUUAAAAACAGGAGAGAAGAACAUCUGAUGAAUAUUCACAUACAAAUUAAUAAACUUAAAUGGGUUAUUUUUAAGCAGUUGAUUGUUAGUGAUUUACUUUUUGUAAAACGAGCGUACGUAAAAUUACUUAUAUUUUCUUGUGAAGUACAUUAAUAUGAAAACAUACAUGUAUGUAUUAAUAAUAAAUAAAUAUAAAUAGUCUACAAAAUCAA